GGGUUCUGGGCCUUUGGAGAUCGGGGGUUCGGAAUUUGAAAGGGAUUAGGUGGUACCCUUCAUCAUGCUCAAAGCGGUGAUCCUGAUUGGAGGCCCCCAGAAGGGGACAAGAUUCCGGCCUUUGUCUUUUGAGGUGCCCAAACCACUCUUUCCUGUGGCAGGAGUUCCUAUGAUCCAGCAUCACAUAGAAGCCUGUGCCCAGGUUCAUGGGAUGCAAGAAAUUCUCCUCAUUGGUUUCUACCAACCAGAUGAGCCAUUGACACGAUUCUUGGAGGCUGCUCAACAGGAGUUCAAUCUUCCUAUUAGGUACCUGCAAGAAUUUGCCCCCCUGGGUACAGGGGGAGGCCUGUAUCAUUUCCGAGACCAGAUCCUGGCAGGGGGCCCUGAAGCCUUCUUCGUGCUUAAUGCUGAUGUCUGCUCAGACUUCCCAUUGGGUGCUAUGCUAGAUGCUCACAGACGAGAGCCCCAUCCUUUUUUGCUCCUUGGCACUACGGCAAACAGGACUCAAUCCCUCAAUUAUGGCUGUAUCGUGGAGAAUCCAGAAACACACGAGGUUUUGCACUAUGUGGAGAAACCAAGCACAUUUGUGAGUGACAUCAUCAACUGUGGCAUUUACCUCUUCUCCCCGGAAGCCUUGAAACCCCUUCGUGACGUCUUCCAGCGGAACCAGCAGGACCAGCAACUCUGCCUUGAUCUGGGGGACGGCUCUUCAGGCAGCUGGCCUGGGGCAGGGACCAUCCGGCUGGAGCAGGAUGUAUUCACAGCACUCUCUGGUCAGGGCCAGAUCUACGUCCACCUUACUGAUGGUAUCUGGAGCCAAAUCAAGUCUGCAGGUUCUGCCCUUUAUGCCUCUCGUCUCUAUCUGAAUCGAUACCAACUCACUCACCCUGAGCGACUGGCCCAACUCACUCCUGGAGGCCCCUGCAUCCGAGGAAAUGUUUUUAUCCACCCAACGGCUAAGGUGGCCUCGUCUGCAGUGCUUGGUCCUAAUGUCUCCAUUGGGGAAGGGGUGACUAUAGGUGAAGGGGUUCGACUCCGAGAGUCCAUUGUCCUUCAUGGAGCUACUCUGCAGGAGCACACGUGUGUGCUGCACAGUAUUGUAGGCUGGGGGAGCACAGUAGGGCGAUGGGCCCGAGUGGAGGGCACUGCCAACGACCCCAACCCCAACGAUCCUCGGGCCCGAAUGGACAGCGAGAGCCUUUUCCGAGACGGGAAGUUACUGCCAGCCAUCACCAUCCUGGGCUGCCGGGUUAGAAUUCCUGCCGAAGUGCUGAUCCUGAAUUCCAUUGUAUUGCCACACAAGGAGCUGAGUCGGAGCUUCACCAACCAGAUCAUCCUCUGAAAGGGGGGAUUUGGGGAAAGAUGCACCCCUGCCUCCCCGGUUAGCCUGGCUUUUCAGGCCGCUUCUGGCUCUGGACAGGAAGGGAUGGAGUGGGUUGAGGUGAACCCUCUCUGGGGUGGUGGGAGGUAUGUGGGUGGCCAGGGCGCUCCUCCCUUUCCACCGCCCAAUAAACCCCCAUGAACCUUGGA